UGCUUAGCGAAAGGACGUGUUUAUUGUCGCUCCGGCUUCACGUCGCUGAAUGCCAGCGUCGUGAAUUUUUGACGUACAACUACAGUCAUUAGACUGCGGACAUGCUGGAACACCGUCUUGAAGAACUUUUCGUCUAAUGAAUCGACUUCGGUACUUAUUUUUUUAAACCUGAUAUUUGUUCUAUCGGUGUCUUUUUGCCGAACGGCUUGGUUAUAGGGACGUAAACAAACCAAUGUGGGUUGUCAAGCAGUGUUGUGGGACAAACACAAAAACACAGACAGACAGACACACCCAUGUAACUUAAAAAUGGUUGCCGCUAUGACAGAAACUGAUAUUGACCAAUUUAUUCGAGAACAGAAAACUAAACUGCAGAAGGAAAGAAAUAAUCUUGAGUUACCCCAAAACAGACAAGUUUUGACUGAUUCUUCUAAUAUUCCUGGAGAUCCUGUUUCCUAUGUGACCCCCCGACAAAAUGGUGCUGCUACCAGACAGAAUGAGCUCCUUAUAUCUAAGGAGAAUGAAAUGACAAUUCCACAACUGGAAUCCCCUGCAAGGAAGAACCUCUCCCGGCAGGAAUUGAACAUUGGACGCUUGGAACGACAGCUAAAUGAGCUGAGGGCCAUGUCAGUGUCUGCAGGAGAGAAGCUGAACAGUCAAAGACAGACAACACAACAGCCUGAGCCACCACCAAAACCAGUGACCAAGAACACUACUGAAUCUGUGGAUUUUUUUUCUAAGUUUGGUGAAUAUGACAAAAGAAAGAAGAAGCUCAGAGAAGAACUAGAGAACGAUUACCAAAAGCAUUUGGCUGGGGAGAACCUGCGACGUUAUGGUAAUUCUAAAGGACCUGUAGACAAUACAGCUUCACACCCAGGCUUUGGAAGCAGUUUAUCACUGGAUGUGUUUGGUGUAGAAAAGCCUUUGUUGCGUAAUCGCUUGAAAGCUAUUGAGAACACAGAAAGUUCAGAGCCCAAUAAACAUAUCAAAUGGGCAAAUGGACCCCAUGAAAGGAGUAGAGAUGAACCGAAUACUAGCAGGCAAUACCAACCAACGCUUAAUGAAGAAAUAGAGUCUCGUCUUCGAAGAAACCAAUCACCAUUACUUGCAGUAUCUAAUAAUUUACUUGAUGAUCCUCUUUGGGACAAACUACGAGAAGGACCACAUCCUUUAGACUCCAAAAUUUCCCCUCUCCCUCAAAGCCAUCCACUGCCAACUCUGCCAGCCACCAAUAUAUCACAGAUCUUCACAGCAAACAAGGGAACUGAACAAUUUCAACACAAAAGCCCUAUAAACCCAGGAACUCCCACCAGAAGUCGAUAUCCUCCAAGAAAGACUGAAGAAACCUAUGCUACUUUACCAUUAGGUACAGAGAGGAGAAGUGCUAGACAAAGAAAAAAGCAGAGCUAUCGGGAGGAACUUCAAAGACAAAUUGAUGAAAAGAAUGCUGCCAAACUGGAAGAGAAAGAAAUGUCGAAAAAAAUCUAUGAACCCUUGCUACCAUUUGGUCAGGCUAAGAAGGAAACUCAACCUGCGACAAAAGACAUUCUCCAAGAUUAUAGAAGCCCUCCACUUGACUCUCAGCAUCCUCAAUUAUCUGGGAGAUUUACAGGGACUGACAACCAACAGCUUAUGAGCAGAAGUAUCAGCACCCUACCACAAAACAAUCAUGUACCACCUCUCCCUCCCAGUUUGCUCUAUGAACCAUCUGGUCUGUUACAAGAUGGUGCUAGCAGUUCCAUUGAUGAUGCAUAUCGUUUUUAUGGCAUUAAAGACCAUUUUGAUAACUCAGUGACAACAGGUUUUGAACCUUCCUUCCUUGGUAACAGAACUGAAGAACUAGAAACUAAAGCACAGCCAAAAAAGAACUUUUCAAAUGUAGCAAGCUCCAAAGAAAACUUUGGUGCCAGACCUGGGGCUUUGGUAUUUGGUGAGUCAGAUAACAAUAUGAACAGCACAAGGAAGAAAGAGCAAAUUUAUUUAAAGGCACUGGAGAGGCAGAUUGAAGAGAAAAAAGCUCAAAAGCUGAAAGAAAAGCGAGAAUUAGAGAAUUAUGAGAAAACACUUGAAGAAGAAAGUCGAAAUUACAAUCCAUUUGGUCGUGGAGGUGGUGGUGCUCCCUUAAAAGAUUCUAGUGGAAAUGUUCUUGCUAAUCUUCGCCAGAUUAAAAGAGACUUGAUGAAUGAAGAUCCAACUGCAAGGAUUAACCAAAUUACUUCAGCCUCCUUGCAGGAGAUGUCUAAUUUUGGUUUAUCUUCUAAAGAAGUUACUGCAGGUCCUCAUUCAAAUUUGAACAACCCUCUCAUGGAAACUUCCCAUGCUAGAGGAGGUCAUGGUAUAUUUGGACAACCGAAAACUGAAGCCCAGAAAUCUGCUAUGGACCAGUAUCGUGAUGAACUACAAAAGCAGAUUAUGGAGAAAAGAAACAGAAAACUGGCUGAGUUGGAACUUCAGAAACAAGAGGAAGAUAAAGUUAACAAACGUUUGGAAGAUGAUCGCAAGAAGAUGCAGGAAGAGUUUGAACAGGAAAUGAAAAAGAAAAAAGCUAAAGCUGAAGAAGAGAGAAGACGUGAAGAAGAGAUGAAGCAAUUGCUGGAAAGCAAGAAGGCAGCAGCAGAGAAACAGUUAAAGGAGGCUGAAGAAAAGCGAGAAAGAGAGAGGAGAGAGAGAGAGAGAAAGCUAGAGGAAGAACAACAACAACAACAUCAGCAACAACAGCCAUCACAACGUCCGAAAUCACCACCAGUUCCAGCUUUGCAUCGUAAGAUCAAGUCAAACAACUCAAAACAGAAUUCUCCUAGAGAAUCUAUUAGCUCUAUUAGGCCAGGCUCUGCUAGGGCCAGCACUUCUAGACCAGACUCUGGCCUCCAGUCAACUAAAAUAUCAGGUUCUUCUUCUUCAAGACAAGAGGCUCCAAGAGCUCAAAGUGCUGAUGUCCUAAACCAACUGAAAGUAUUAAAGAAAGGGUUACAUCAGAAAUUACUCGAAAAUGAUCUGAGAGAUGCUGCUGUAAGUUUGAUCACAUUCACACACACACACACACACUCACACACACAAAUAACUGUGUGUGUAUGUAGUAUAGAUGACAUUGUCCUUCACUGUACCGAACAACCAGCUAACAACUUGACAGCUUAUGUCAUGUCCUCAGUGAAUGUCUAA